AUGAGGCGCAGCACAAGAUUGAGCAGAGAAAAAACAAAAAAAACAGUCUAUUUGCCCCCACUUUCCGGUGAGAGUGAGAUUGUUGAUCCGGAAAAGAGGAAGGUAUCAUUUAUAGAAAAGGGCUUCAAUACUCAAGCUAGGGAAACACUUGACAAUGAGAUAGCUAGAAUGUUUUAUUCUUUUGGGUCGCCAUUUCAUCUUGCAAGAAAUCCGCAUUAUAGGAAUGCAUUUUCUUAUGCUUGCAAUAAUUCUAUUAGUGGAUAUCAACCUCCCGGUUAUAACAAGUUGAGAACUACUUUGUUAAUGAAUGAAAGAAGUCAUGUAGAGAGGCUAUUGGUGCCAAUCAAGAGUACUUGGAGCGAAAAAGGAGUCAUAAUUGUUAGCGAUGGGUGGAGUGAUCCUCAAAGGAGACCUCUUAUUAAUUUCAUGGCGGUCACAGAGGAUGGACCUAUGUUUUUAAAAGCUGUAGAUUGUUCCAAUGUUACAAAGGACAAGGAAUUCAUUGCCAAACACUUGAAUGAUGUUAUAAUGGAGGUUGGCCCCUCUAAUGUGGUGCAAGUGGUGACUGAUAAUGCACCGGUUUGCAAGGCGGCAGGUUUAAUUGUUGAGAAUGAAUUUCCAACAAUUUAUUGGACUCCUUGUGUGGUGCAUACCCUCAAUCUUGCUUUGAAGAAUAUUUGUGCUGCGAAGAAUACUGAGAAGAACUUUGUUGUGUAUGAUGAAUGUUCUUGGAUCACAAUAAUUGAUGAAGAUGCUAUGUUAAUUGAGAACUUCAUUGUGUGUCACUCUAUGAGGUUAUCUAUUUUUAACUCUUUCAAUUCUUUGAAGAUGCUCUCCAUUGCUCCUACAAGAUUUGCUUCCACUAUAGUGAUGCUCAAGAGGUUUAAGCAGAUAAAGAAAGGGCUUCAAGAGAUGGUCAUUAGUGAGGAAUGGUCUACCUACAAGGAUGAUGAUCUUCUAAAGGCCAAAUUUGUGAAGGAAACUUUGUUGGAUGAUCUUUGGUGGGACAAAGUGGAUUACAUUCUUUCUUUCACAAGCCCUAUCUAUGAUGUUUUAAGAAGAAUGGACACGGAUGCUUCAACUCUUCACACAGUAUAUGAAAUGUGGGAUUCUAUGAUUGAAAAUGUGAAAAAGCUCAUAUACAAGUAUGAAAGAAAGAUGGACUUCGAGCACUCUCCAUUUUAUGAGGUAGUUCAUGGCAUAUUAGUUGAUCGUUGGACAAAGAGUAGCACACCUCUUCAUUGUUUAGCUCACUCAUUGAACCCAAGAUAUUAUAGUGCUGCAUGGCUUGCUGAAGAUUCGAGUAGAGUUCGUCCACAUCUAGAUCUGGAAAUUACCCGUGAAAGGACCAAAUGCUUCAAAAGAUUUUUUCCGGAUCCGGAAGAGGGGAGAAAAGUGAAUGUAGAGUUUGCUAACUUUGCGGGUGGAAGAGAAGGAUUUGCUGACAUUGACAGUUUGGGUGAUAUGGGAAAUAUUGGUGCUAAGGAGUGGUGGAUUAUUCAUGGUAUUAAUGCUCCAACACUUUCAACCCCUUGCCCUUAA